AUGUAUCAACAGUAUGUAUCUAAUGUGAUUAACUUGUAUCAUCAGAGGUCAAAUGUUGGGAUUUUAGGAGAUUUUGAAAAAAAAUUUGACUCAAAUUGCUUUGCUGGUUCAUUUUAUACUAGACUUUUUCCUUCGAAAAGCUUGCAUUUUGGUCACUCUUCUUACAGUCUUCAUUGGCUUUCUCAGGUACCUGAUGGUAUACAGAAUAACGAAGGGACUAUUUAUGCAGGAAGUACAAGCCCACCAAGUGUCCAUAAAGCAUAUUAUGACCAAUUUGAAAAAGAUUUUGCAACAUUUUUAAAGCAUCGUUCGAAAGAAUUGGUGAAAGAUGGACAUAUGAUAUUGACAAUUCCUGGCAGGAAAAAUGAACAAUACUAUAGCAAAUUGGGUCACUACUUGUUGGAGCCAUUGGCUAGGGCACUCAAACAUUUGGUUGUAGAGGGCUCGAUAGAAGAAGAGAAAGUGGAUUCAUUCAACUUUCCUGUAUACUAUCCAUCUCCAAGAGAAGUAAUGCAUAUAGUUGAGAAAGAGGGAUCUUUCACCAUUAAUGUCUUGGAAACUUUAGAACACCAUGUUGAUUUAGAUGAUGCUUAUGGUGAUGAAGAUUGCAAUAGUAAUCCUAAUGGGUACAAUAAGGCACAAUGUGUAAGAGCUUUUGCUGAACCUUUACUACUUAACCAUUUUCGUGAUGAUGAAUUAUUGGUGGAUAAUGUGAUCAAUAAGUGUAGAGAGAUUUAUGUCAAUUGCAUGACAAAAGAAGAUGCUAUGUUCACAAGUGUUGUUGUAUCCUUGACCAAAAAAUAA